UGGCUUGCCAUCGCCUGCGCUGCAACACUGCAAGUCUGCAACGCACACACCCCCAGCUGCUGCAGGAAGAAAUAAAGGUUCACGCCGCGCCGCCGCUGCCGGCAAGAAGAUUUGGGUCGGGAGCUGACGGCGGGGGUGCGCGAGCUGUGUGCUGCGUGCUGAUAUAUAGCGGCAGGCAGACAUGGGGCGCGCGCCGUGCUGCGACAAGGCGAGCGUGAAGAGGGGGCCGUGGUCGCCGGAGGAGGACGAGCUGCUGCGGAGCUACGUCCGGACACACGGCGCAGUCAGCAACUGGAUCGCGCUCCCGCACAAAGCAGGGCUCAACCGGUGCGGCAAGAGCUGCAGGCUGCGGUGGCUUAACUACCUCCGCCCGGACAUCAAGCACGGCGGCUACACCGAGCAGGAGGACCUCGUCAUCUGCUCCCUCUACAACUCCAUCGGAAGCAGGUGGUCCAUCAUCGCGUCCAAGCUGCCCGGCAGGACGGACAACGACGUCAAGAACUACUGGAACACCAAGCUCAAGAAGAAGGCCAUGGCCAUGCACCAGCAGCAUCCCUACCACCACCAGCACCACCACGGCCGGGGACAUGCCACUCCGAUCGCCACGCCGCCGCCCGCUCCAUCAUCAUACAUGCAGCCGUCGCCCGCGUCCGCCUCCUCCGCCGUCACCACCGCGAGCGGCGACGCGUACAGUAGCUUCGGCGCCACAGCCUACUCCCCGUCCAACCAGGCGCAGACGCAGGCGCACCUUGCGCACUACAACAACGUCAACGCCGCCGCCACGGCGACGCUCGCCGAGUUCCCGACGCCGGCUGCCGCGAACAGCUGGGCCAUCAACAUGGCCUUCGACGACAUGUUCCUGCCGGAGCUCGUCGGGGCCGGCGAGUUCCCGAAUGGGGACCUCUUCGGGGGCUUCGGGACGCUGCUGCAGGAACAGGACAGCAGGGCGACGUCGACCCUCCAGGAGCUCUCGGCGUGCUAUUUCCCCAACGCGCAGGCGGAGAUGUGGGCGGACGUGAAGCCGCCGCCGCCGCCGGGUGCCGGCCUGUGCCCCAGCCUGACAUGAGAAUUCCUUGAGCAAAUCAUGCAGCUACUUACUAAUGCUCCGUCCACGUACGUACGCGCGGAUGCUCUCAUGAUUCAUAUGCAUAGCCGAUCGGUUUCUGUAGUCUCUAGUUCCUGCCAUUUUGUCGAUUCCUCCUUGUCUGUCUGUCUGUUCACGAUGAGAUCGUUUAUUACAUGUACAUUAUCUUAUCCCA